GUCAUGAUUGAGCACAGAUCAGACACUGUGUUCCUGCACGCUGGCAAGAUCACAUAUUACUCUCAGCAGUCUUAUACAUUUGCUGUUACAACAUGAGGACCCAGGGAAGAUUACUGUUCUGCUGGCUUUGUCUUCAAGUGAUCUUUGCCACUGUAUUGUCUGACGUGUGGAAGGCAGAAGUUGUCUCUGAAUUGAAAACGCUGGUCUCUUCUUGUGUUGUCCUGCCCUGCAAGUUCCAGUACCCUGGAAAACAACUUCCAGACUCACGCAUUAGGGGAAUCUGGCACCAACAGGCCAAGCAUGAUCAAAGAAUCUAUCAUGAAGACUCUACUGAAAUUGCAGACAGCUUCAAGGGUCGCACCAGACUUCUUGGCCACUUGGGUGAAAAAAACUGCACUUUAGAGAUAGAUGAGGUCAAAAAUCAUGACAACGGCCCGUUCUGUUUCAGGGCUGAGAUCCCAAGUAUAGAUAAGUAUUCUUUCGUGGAAAGCUGUGUGGCCCUCAACAUGAUGUCGGCGCCAGAGGAACUAAAGCUGGAACAAAUGAAAACCUUGGAAGAUGGAGUUCCUGCUACAUUCAAGUGUUCUAUCAGACACACCUGCCCCUCCCAUCCCCCCACCAUCACCUGGAGCCGUUCAAAUAGUGAAGCCACUUGGAGCAACAGGGACAUUCUUCAUGGAAACUGGGAAGUGGAAUCCUUGCUGAUUUUCAUCCCAACAGAGAAGGAUGAUUUCACACACCUCAAUUGCACCGUCAGUUUCCACGGUGGCCUGCAGUCGUCAGUUUCUUCUCUCAUACACGUGAAACGUAAAACAAAUAUUUUACACAUCGUGAUUCCAGUUGUCGCUGUGAUUGGAACUGCCUUUUUAUUUGGAGGAGUGUGUUUCGUCAUGAACAAGAAAUAUAAGAAGCAAAUCCAGGAGCUCCGGUCUAGAAAUGAAAAUGGAAUGCUAGGUCGCCUCUCAAGAAUGUCCCGCAGGUUCAGGAGUCAUCGGAGGAAUGAGCCUGCUGUUCAUAUGACCACUAAGCCAAACAACUCCGUAAAUGUUGUGUCGGGAAGUGCAGGGUUUUCCAAACCUCGUUUUCCGUCUCCAAAGAGUGAACACAAAGACUACAGCAAAUCAAGGGACACAUAUGCAGGCUACGAUGAGGAUGAUUACACCAACAUGGCUGAGCAGAACAUAUACGGGAAUGUCUGAUGUCUGAUCACCUCUUUUUGUACUGCAUUUCUCAUUUUAUGUCAGUUUAUAUCCAUUCUAGUUUCAAAACCUGUUUCAGCAAAUUCCACCCAAUUUUAAAAAUUUCUUUAUAAUUCAGAUAUAAACAGAGAUAUAAACAGUGUCAUUCAGAAUGUUUUGAUGUGAAAUAGAAACUUACAGACUGAGUUUUCUUUACAGUGGUGGUGAUGGGAACCAGGAGUCCUGAUGUCUACAAUUCAAAAAUAGUCAUUUUGCAUACCAUCCAAAACACCAGUGAACCUAUAAAUGUAUUUUGAGUUUCUUUAUGUAAUGUUGAUUAUGGUAAAAUAGUGGUAAAUCUGACAUCAUGAAGUGUAUUCAUAACUAUCUCAUGUAAUAAUUAAUUCUAAUAUGUUAUUUUCGAGUAGCCUGUGCAUUAUCUUAGCUGAACUAUUUAUAAUGGGCCUCAGCAUAUUGUGGCCUCAUCUUGCAUUUAUAUACUUUGUGACUUUGAACGUGCUCGUUGUGGACAUUCUCUUUCAUUAGCUAAAUACUAAAUAUACUAAAAAAUCAGCUAAAUAUUAAAUUCAAUAGCCUUUUAAGAAAUGUUUGAUGCAGUAUGAUUAGUCGUCAAUUUUUGUUUCUAUUUUUUCUUUUUACUAAAGUUUAAAGGAGAAAGUAGGGUAACACUUUAUUUGCAUGGUCCCCUGUAGAUGCUUUGUAGUUACUCAGUCUGUCUUUAACUAGCUUUCAGCUAAAUCAAUGAAAUGCAAUUAAACUUGAAGUUGAGUCUGAAAGAUUUUAUUAAAUCUUACCUAAAUAUUAAAUCUUACCUAAAUCUAAACCUAACCUUACUCAAUGAGUAUCAUCAGAAAUUAACAGUUUGUUAAUAAUGUAAGUAUCUGUAGAUCAUCUAUAGGGGACCAUCCAAAUAAUGUGUGACUGAAAGUAACAAGAUUAGCUUAGUGUCUCUUGAGAGCUCACUUACUUGUGUGUCAGAGCAACCAACUUAUGAAAAUACUUUGUUAUGAAAUGAUUAGUUUUAUUAUUAGUCUUAAUGAACUUGCAUUGUUAUAGAGGCCGGUCAUGUAAUGUCAGUAUUCAUAAUGUUUAUUCCUAAUCCUAAUGCCUAUUCCUAUGCACAUUUUAAGUACACUUUCAAGGACACUCACUGUGGGCAGUACAUGGCUACUAAUUUAAUGUGAGGUUAAUGUUGAUUCCUUAUAGCUUUGUUUUAGAUAGAUGGGAAUAAGGCAGCAUCUUGCCAGUGCAUAGACCCCAGUAAACAGAUGUACUUUGAAUGUGAAAGUCUCUUGUAAUGAGAGUUCUACUCAUGCGUUUUAAGGCACGCCACAGAUGUGCAAAAAUAGGAAGGGGGAGAGCUUCAUCUGAGUGAAAGAUGAGAUAUGUUUUUUUUCACUGUGUAGAGUUUCACUUCCUCCUGCAGAUUACUUAUUAAUAAAUGCUUCACAUUUUCCACCCAUCAACACAGUGAAGGGGGCAUGCAUGUAAAUAGACGUGUGUUUGUCAACUACAGUUGAAAUAUUUAUAAUGUACUGAGAUACAGACAUCAAUCUUUGUUGUUACUGACUAAUGAUAACUGUGAUGAGAAGUUUCUUUUUCUUUUCUUUGACCAGGGCAGAUUUAGAUUUUUUGAAAAUAAAUACAAGAGAAUGUCAGCUUCCUUUUAAUAUUAAAUUUUUUAAAAUCAAUUUGUCAGUCUAUCUUUUCAAUAAUUCAUGCUUCAUGUAUUCAAACAAUGCAACAGCAGUGUAACAAUGUAUGACACAAAGACUUCCAAAUUUCAUUGUUGCUUCAGAUGUUUUAUAACGUGGUGAUUGUAAUCAUUUGAUAUUUUUCUUUCAGAGUCAAUAAGUGAAAGAUGUAAUUAGUGUAUGUAUUAGUGUAUUUAUUAGACUGUAUUACAUUAUUAAACAAAACAAAAAUCAUGAGAUCACCAUCAAAUCAUUUUACCCUCAUCCAACUACAACUUCCCACAGUGCACAGCAUUUCAAACAUUAAUAUUUUAUACAAACAAAAACAAUAAAGGCCAUAAAUAAUAAAGGGCCAUAAAAAAUGUUUUCAUUAUAAUAAUAACCAUGAGCUGUGCAGUGUUUUUUGUACUGCACUCCAAUCCAUUGAAUGUGACUGUGGUUAAAGUGCAGAAUGUAAACUUUUAUGUUAUGCCUGUAUUGGUUGUACCAUGUAGGGCAAGAAUAGUCCUGUUGGUCACUUAUGUCCUGUUGGUUUCUGUGGUGUCCCAUACUGCUAGCUCAGCUCUUAUUAACCCUGCUGUGGCUGGUCUUGCAUGGUAAAAAGGCCUAACGUUAAAAGAAUAAAUAAAAAAUGAACUGCUCAGCUGCC